ACAGCCGCUUUAGCCAUGAAUGCGCUUGUGUCUUCUGUCUGGUGUUGUGUUGUUUUGUCUCUGCUUUGCGUCCACACGUUCGGAGAAUCUACUAAUACCUUCUGGAGCUCCUCGUAUAACAGGACUAGAACUUUCUCUAGAAGAACUCGAGAUACCAGCUCACCUGCUCCCAUCGACUGUAAGCUGAAGAGCUGGACGUCCUGGACACCAUGCGACUCCUGCACAGACAAGACGGUCCGUUUCCAGUACGUGGAGCACCUGUCCCAGUUCGGCGGUACCAGGUGUGUGCACAGUCAGUGGGACGAGAAGCUUUGCCCGCAGGAGGUGGAGGAGUGUAAUCCUCAGGACCAGUGUGGAGACAUGUACGCCUGUCCGGAAUCAGGACGAUGCAUCGGUCAGCAUCUGCGCUGUAACGGUGAUAAUGACUGCAUGCAGGGCAGCGAUGAGGACGACUGUCAGGAGAUCAGAGAGCGUGAAACCAAAUGUGUCGGCAUGCUGCCCAUCCCGGGGGCGGAGAAAGCCAUACAGGGCUACAACGCCCUGUCUGAUGUUUUUGUGGACCGCGUUCUCGAUCAUAACUACUUCGGGGGCAUCUGCGAGUACAUCUAUAAUGGAGAGUGGAGGAUGCUGACCUACGACGCCUUCUGUGAAAACCUCUACUACAGUGACGAUGAGAAGUACUUCAGGAUGCCCUACAACUUCCUGUCGUACCGGCUGGUGGCUCAGUCUACAGGCCAGGAAUCAUCGGAAUACUACAGUGACGCCACGGAGCUACUGGAAGCUAUAAAAACCGAGAACUCCUUCAACAUGGGAGUGUCCGUGGGGGUCAUGUAUGUGGAGGUGGGGUUGUCUGGGUCGAUCGAAUAUGCACAUCUGGAAAACAUAACCAAGUACGACAGUAAGGAUGUGGGGUUCCUCCGGCUGGUGUCCAGGGUGGAGACGACCCACUUUAAGAUGAGGAGUCAGGAUCUGAUGCUGCACGAGGACAUGCUGAUGUCUCUGAUGGAGCUGCCUGAAGUCUACGACUUUGGCGCCUACUCCCGCUUCAUCAGCAAGUUUGGCACUCACUACGUCACGAGUGGCGUCAUGGGGGGCGUCCUGGACUACGUAGUGGUGGUCAACAAGCAGGUCAUGAUACAAGAGAAACUGGAGUGGUACGAGAUAGGCGGUUGCUUUGGCGCCUCUCUGGGUCUGUCCACUCUCAUCACUCAGGGUGUGACUGCCAAGGUGCAAGCAAAAGGAGAAAAAUGUGAAAAAAUUGGUGAUCGGAACAAAGAUCAGCAGACCAGCAGCAAUGCGAUCGUUGAUGUCAUUGGCUUCGUGAAAGGAGGAACUUUGGGACACAGUGCUGCUCAGCUGGCAAUCCGUGAUGCCAACACGUACAGACAGUGGGGCAAAUCUCUCAAGUACAGCCCUGCCGUCAUUGACCAUGAGACUCUGCCCAUCUACGAACUGGUACGUUCCAGCACGGCAGCGGCUCAGGCUGGCACCAGGCUGCCACACCUUAAACGGGCGUGGGAGGAGUACAUGCAGCAGUUCAACCGGUGCCGCUGCGCCCCCUGUCGGAACAACGGUGUUCCCCUGCUCUCGCUCACUGCCUGCAGCUGCAUCUGCCCGAAUCGGUACAUCGGCACGGCCUGCGAGAAGAGCCAGCAGACAGGUGGUCCUACUCAUGGUGCAUGGAGCUGCUGGAGUUCCUGGUCUGCUUGUGUCUCAGGGACGAGGACACAAAGUCGAGAGUGCAACAAUCCAGCACCAAACAACGACGGUCUUCAGUGUCUUGGAAAGUCUGUGCAGAGGAAACACUGCUAAAAUAAACCUGUACUGCAGAGAUCAUGAUUCUACCAUGACUCUUCAAUAUUAUUUCACUCAUAUUACUUAAUAAAAAUAUCAUUUUAUUUUUAAACAGAGAA